GUGUUGAGUUAAAGUGAUUUCAUCGAGCCGCCGCGUUUUGAUCGACGUUUUGAUAUCCGUUUGUUUCGUCGUCCUCGCAGUUCGUUAAAACUCCCGCAUGAUUUUACGAUUAGCGUGGGAACUAGCGAGUUGUUCAAUCGAAGCGAAAGUCAGACAUCGCUAGCUCGCUUUGUAGGAAAAUGAAGAUGCGGAUGAGGAGGAAGAAGCUGAGAGCCACAGAGGGCGAAGGAGCGUCGAUUUUGCUACUCGUCGCAUUGGCUCCUGUCAUCUGCUACGCCGGAAUCCUGGACCCAUGGCAGUGGGCACGUAGCGAUCGAAUCGAGGUCAACAUACCAUGGUUACCAUUCGAGAACGAAACACGUUGCUACGAUGAGCUAGGCUGUUUGAACAUAACCAGGAGCUGGUACCACCUCAUCCACAGGCCCCUGAACGUCUUCCCUCUGCCGCGGGAGGUUAUCAAUACGAGAUUCAUUUUAUACACGAAAGAAAAUCCCUUGGAGGGUCAGGUGCUGAUAGUCGCUAAAGAUAAGUCCAUCAAACGCUCCUACUUCAAUCCGAAACGAAAGACAAAAUUCAUCAUUCAUGGUUUUAUAGACACGCCCCUUAGUAAUUGGGUCAAGGAAAUGAGGAAUGAGUUGCUCAGGCACGACGACUACAAUGUCAUCAUUGUCGACUGGGCAGGAGGCAGUCUGCCUCUCUACACCCAGGCCACGGCUAACACCAGACUCGUUGGCCUUGAAAUCGCUCAUCUAGUUAAACACUUACAGACAAAUUACAGACUGGACCCUAACGAUGUACACCUAAUUGGGCACAGUCUGGGCGCCCAUACGGCCGGUUACGCCGGAGAGAAAUUGAACGGGAUUAUUGGCCGGAUCACGGGCUUGGACCCAGCCGAGCCAUACUUCCAAGGAAUGCCUAGUCACCUGAGACUGGAUUACACUGACGCAAAGCUAGUCGACGUCAUUCACACUGAUGGUAAAAGCAUCUUUUUCUUAGGACUUCCAGGAUACGGAAUGAGUCAGCCAUGUGGCCACUUGGACUUCUACCCCAACAAUGGCAAGGAGCAGCCGGGGUGUACGGAUCUCAGCGAAACGACUCCGUCUCUUCCUCUGACGCUGAUCAGGGAGGGUCUCGAGGAAGCGUCGAGGGUGCUGGUGGCCUGCAAUCACGUGCGUGCCAUAAAACUGUUCAUCGAGAGCAUCAACUCCAAGUGCCAAUACGUGGCGCACGAGUGCUCCAGCUACGCCAGCUUCCUGAGGGGCGAGUGCUUCUCUUGCAAGAGCAACAACAGCCUCAGCUGCGGCGUUAUGGGGUACCAUGCGGACACCAGUCCGGCGCUCGUCAGGCGACAGGCCAUGGGUCAGGAUGUCCUGUCGUUGCUGGGGUCCAAGUUCUUCUUCACCACCGGCAAGGAGGACCCAUAUUGCAGGAGGCAUUAUCGACUUACGAUCAACCUCGCACGGCCACCGACUGCAGAGAGCUGGGUCCAAGGAUUUAUGAAAGUUACUCUUCACGCCGAAAAUGGCAUCAUUCGUGACGUCGAUCUAACUCCCAGCGGUUACAUGAAAUUGGAACACGGAUCGACGGUGCGAAUGGUCGUCGCGCAUCCAGCGGGGGCGACCGGUGAAAUUGGAAAAAUCAGGCGAGUCGAACUUUCGUGGACUUACGACAUGGACGUGCUCCAGCCGCGAUCACUGUGCUUCUUCUGGUGCAACGAUCGCCUCUACGUGAACAGCGUCACUGUCGACGUAAUGGAGCUCCCUGGAAGAGGAAAAAGGGAAACGGACUACACCAGCAAGCUCUGCUCGGCUAGCAGGCAGGAAUACGCCGAGAUCGCCAGCGGGUCCACGGCGUCUUUCGUCGAUAAUUGCUGACACUGACGUCCUGAAAAGUGGCCAAUGUUAGUGCGACCGGACCGAGAGAGACGCAACGUGUUGUUCCUGUGACGAAACAUGGUAAUUCGGUUACUAAAGAUCGACUACGGAAACUCGAUCGCUCUAUAAGAUCUAUUCGACCGAGUUCUACACGGAACUUAGGCGAUCGGAGAUUCCCAAGAAACCAAGCAGUGCCUAUACAUAUAUAUGUAUACAUAAUACAAUACGAUCGAACAGAA